AUGGAAGAAAACCAAUACCGACGAGCCUGCGACCGAUGUCAUGAUCAUAAACUACGGUGCAAAAGAAACGGCGUCAAUAGUUGUGUUCGGUGCCUCAAGGCCAGAGCCAACUGCGUCUUCAGUCCGUCUUUACGUGCUCGAAAAUCACGGCCAGUACCAGCGGCAGACAAUGAAGACGGCAGCCAAUCCGUGCCUUCGACUCCUACUGUAAACAAAAUUGCAAGUCCACGAGAGAGUAUUUCUAUUGCUGGAUCAAGCUCAGCCGUGGCACAAAACCUGCAUUCAGCAGCAGAAUCAGACGGAUGUCCUAGCAUAGAAGAUGUGAUGCAAUUUGAUCUGGGGUCUAUGGAUUGGUCUACGACGGAUGAAGACAGGUUUGGGUAUCAUCUCCAGCCUCAUUUGGACAAUCUGGCAGCCAUUAGGCCCUUGGACACCGCCAAUGUAACAAGGCCAGUGAGUCUUUCCUCGGCAAAUAGCGCCAUUGCGGGUCCAGAUACAACAUAUGUGGAUUCUAUUGCAGUAGCAGCUCACUUGGAUGCUUGUGGCUCUCAGACAACUUCGCAACAAGGCGACACCUCUGGGUGGAUGACGCCAAACUAUGAUCCUUCAUCCGCCGCGGUGCCUUGGCUCUUGCAACCUACUCAACUGAGUUAUGGCUCACGGCAACGAUCGCAGUCGGUGCUUAGCAAAGACCACAAGUCGUCCAGCCUUCGCGCAUCACUGAUGGAUGCAAGCACACCCCAUCGUCACUCGCAUCAUCAGUCCGCCUCAGGGGUCAAUACCAGAUUGUCACGUCACGAUCUUUGGGUCCGCAAACUGUCCGAGAUCAACAUCAAGUUAUACCAGCACGCUGCCAAUAUAUCUUCUAGAGGAUCAGACAUAGCGAGUUCUCGCUCUCCAAGCUACAGACCCUAUACAGAUAACGACACUGACUACAUACUCCUAUCAAAUCGGGUCAUGGGAGUUGACCAGACCUUCAACAUCACCAUGGAGCUACUUGAGAUUCUCAACAACCAGCACACGUCUGGCAUAGAGCACGAUUCCCUGCAAGGAUCAGGUGCCGAAUCCCCAGACCACGGCACCUUGUUGCUCAUGUUUUCCUCGUACCUCCGUCUUCUUGACAUAUACUCCACCAUCUUUCGCCGCCUACAUACUUGCCUCGGGUUGCUCCCAUCACGGCCCUCAACAUCCUCCUCAGCCCAUCACCACCCCAGUCCGGUCUACAACUCCGACUCUCUCAGCAGCGCGCAGUUACCGCGGUUUCCGACACUCAGAAUAGGCGACUUUUCCCUUCAGAACCCUUCCUCGCUGCACGCUUUGCUAGUCAUCCAGCUAGCGGAGCAGCUGUUACAGAAUACAUAUGUUGCGAUGCAGCAUUUAAAUCGCCGUCGACGCCAGCGAGACUCAGCGGUGGAGUCGUCGCCGCCGCUUCCUCCCAGAGAACGGUAUGAUGCUUUCUAUGGGGUUGCCGAGGAUGGGAAUGCGGACGAUGUUUCUGAGGUGUUGCUCAAAUCUGUGCAAAAGCGUCAAGGGGAGGCAAUGAGCAUCUUGAGGGAGUUGAAACGGGCGUUGAAUUCACGAUAG